GGGGGAUUCAGUGAAUGCAAGCUGAAAGAGCGCUCAACGACAGGACGGAUAAAUUCGAACGGACCAAGCCAUGUCCCAGUUUCUACCUGUCAAGUCUGGCCUGAAAUCGGUCUGGUUCAGAGAACCCCAAGGACUUGAGGACCAUCGAACGACCGAGUCACUUCCCGAACACAGCGACAUUGUGAUAAUAGGUGCUGGCUACGCUGGCGCCGCUACCGCUUACCACCUCGCCAAAGACUUUCCAGAGAUAUCUUCAAUAACGAUACUUGAAGCUCGGGGGGCAUGUUCCGGAGCGACUGGACGGAAUGGAGGUCAUCUACGGCCUGAUAUGUACGGCCAUAUACCCACAUACAUCGAUCGAUAUGGCGUUAAGGUAGCAUCAGAGAUAGCGGAAUUCGAGAUCGCCAAUAUGUGGGCUAUCAAAAAGGCCAUAGAAGAUGAGGAGAUCGAUUGCGACUUCACACUACAAAGAUCCGUUGACGUAUGGUGUAAUGAAGAGGCGGCCGACAAGGCGGCUGAAACCUACCACAGGAUGCAAGCUUACAAUUUGGACUACAUGAAGGAUGUCUUCUUCACCAGAGAUCCCAAGGCUGCCGAAGGCUAUUCUGGCGUCAGAGGCGCUAAAGCCGCUGGCUCUUUCACUGCUGGAACUAUGUGGCCGGCCAAGUUCAUCCAGGGAUUGCUCAAGAUUGUACUCGCGACUGGCAGAGUGAACCUACAGACCCAUACUCCUGCCAGCUCGAUCCAAGCUGAUUCACACCACGGGUGGAUUGUUCAUACCGAGCGAGGCACCAUAUCUACGCGCCAUGUGGUUCAUGCUACCAACGGGUAUGUGGCAAGCUUGUUGCCUCAGUACGAACGCAAUGUCAUUCCAUGCAAAGGCAUAUGCUGCCACAUAGCCGCUCCGUCAGGGUAUGAGUUACCAGCUCCCUUGUUGAACAACUCCUACAUCAUUCGCGACGAAGAAAAAGUGCUCUCCUAUCUCAUUCCCCGAACCGAUGGUGGCAUUGUUGUGGGUGGAGCGUUGGCCAAAUUUCUUUCGUUCAGAGAACAGUGGUAUCGCAAUGUGGAUGACAGCACCCUGAUCGAUGCCGCCAAAGACUACUACAACGACUACAUGCAACGGACGUAUCACGGUUGGAAAACCUACCCUGCCGGCAUCACCGACAUCUGGACAGGAGUGAUGGGAUACUCGUUCGAUUCGCACCCUCAUAUUGGUACCGUGCCUGGACUCGAGGGACAGUUCAUCAACGCUGGGUUCAAUGGACACGGCAUGCCGCUGAUCUGGCUUGUGUCGAAAGGAGUGGCAAAAAUGGUCGCCGCCGCCCAUCAAGGCACGGAUCUUCCAUUUUCAGAGACAGGCAUUCCCAAGGUUUUUGAAACUAGUCAAGCCCGUAUCGAUCGUGCAGUCAGCAACAGCGAGGAAGAAGGCGACAUCCUAGGUACAGGACGUAUUUUUCUACCGGAGGAAGACGUAAAAGUCAGGUCACAACUGUAAAAU